GUGAAAACUGUCGAGUGUGGUGGUGCAUUUGGAACGCCAUUUGAAAACUCAACAGAAUCAUUGCCACCGAUGAAAUAUGGGAUUUCAAUUCGGAGAAGAAAACCCUUGAACGACCGGGAUUGAACGGUAUUUCAGUCGGAACGGAACAUCUUGCUGCGGAUUCCGUUUUCUUGCCGGUACGGUACGGGAUCGAUAACUUCGCCCCAAGCCCAACCAUGACACACCUGUUAUGAAAGAGGAGAAGAAAAAACAUGACACCCACAAAAACCCAGAUCCCAAACGCUGCUACAAAACCCAACCCCAAUUCCGGUCAUCUCGCCUGGUACGCCGCCGUGGCCACCUGCAUCAAGCUCCUCCUUAUGCCCUCCUACCACAGCACCGAUUUCGAGGUCCACCGUCACUGGCUUGCCCUAACCCACUCCCUUCCUCUCUCCCACUGGUACUCCGACCACACCAGCCCAUGGACCCUCGACUACCCUCCCUUCUUCGCCCACUUCGAGCGUUUCCUCUCACUCUUCGCCCGCCUCCUACUCGACCCCACCAUCCUACACCUCCACGACGGCCUCGAUAACUCCUCCCCUUCACUCAUCGUCUUCCACAGACUCACAGUUAUCCUCGCCGAUUCUGUUCUCGUUUACGGCAUUCAUCGGUUGGGUAAGAAAUUGGGGUCCAGAGAGAGGAAUCUGAUGUGGGUUUUGGUUGUUUGGAACCCCGGGUUGUUGAUUGUUGACCACAUGCAUUUUCAGUACAAUGGGUUUCUCUUGGGAUUGUUGCUGCUGUCGCUGUCGUGGUUGGAAGAUGGGAAGGACUUGAUGGGUGGGUUUGCUUUCGCCGUGUUACUGUGUUUUAAACACUUGUUUGCUGUGGCUGCGCCGGUUUAUUUCGUGUAUUUGUUGCGGCAUUACUGCCGCGGAGGGUUGGUGAGGGGCUUCGGGCGGUUGGUGAUAAUGGGGACGGUCGUUGUGGCGGUUUUUGUGGCGGCUUAUGGGCCGUUUGUGUAUUAUGGACAGAUCCAACAAGUUCUUGGCCGCAUGUUUCCUUUCGGUAGAGGGCUCUGCCAUGCCUAUUGGGCUCCAAAUUUUUGGGUGUUCUAUAUACUCUUAGAUAAAGGGCUGGCUUUUGUGCUUCUGAAAUUGGGAUUCAUCAUACAAGCACCAACAGCUUCAUUUACUGGUGGACUAGUGGGCGAUUCCUCUCCAUUCGCUGUUCUACCCACGGUCACUCCAUUGAUUACCUUUGUCUUGGUCCUGCUUUCCUUAGUUCCAUGUCUGGUAAAGGCUUGGAGGGAUCCUCAGCCCAGAAUGAUCACUAGAUGGGUUGCCUAUGCAUACACAUGUGGGUUUUUGUUUGGCUGGCAUGUUCACGAGAAGGCAUCUCUCCACUUCGUUAUUCCCCUUGCUAUUGUUGCAAUUCAGAGCAUGGAAGAUGCGAGUCAUUACUUCUUGUUGUCGAUAGUGUCUUGCUACUCCCUUUUCCCUCUUCUAUUUGAAGCCCAAGAGUACCCAAUUAAAGUGUUGCUGUUACUUCUGCACUCCAGUUUCAUGUGGCUCGGAUUUUCCUCUCAUUUCUCUCAAAUAGCAGCGAACCCAAGAGCACUGGGGCAGAAGAAAGGUGGUAAGUUGGGUUUAAAGGGAAGUUCUGGCAUCGUCAUACAUAACGAUGAGUUUGUUAUCGGAUGGAUUGGGAAGAGUUAUCUAUUGGGUCUUUUGGUUGUGGAGACUUGGGGACAGUUCCUGCAUCCGGUCCUUUUUGGUGAUAGACUUCCAUUCCUACCUCUCAUGAUUGUGUCUAUGUAUUGCGCACUAGGGAUGAUUUAUUCCUGGAUUUGGCAAUUACGAAAAAUCAUUAUCAAACAGUGAUUUGUAGGCUAGGCAUAGUCAGAUGGCAUGGCGGCAUAGAUUUGCUUCUUUCUUUCUUUUUUUGGUAGUUUAAGGGUGUAUGAUCCCUCGUUCUUUCCAUUGUUAUGUUUAGAUGGUCCUUAAUUUUAUUUGAAGUUUAUUAAGAUGA